UAUCUUAAAAGGAAGGAGACAUGCAGCGCAACCAAAGAUAUUUUUCUCUUAGGUGCUGCAGGGGAAGGCCUUUCAGUGGAAAAACACAGCAAGCUGCAAAGAAAAUGGCCCAACUAAAAGAAAGAGGGAGUGAAAGACAACCAAGACUCAUGCCUACUAAACAGAGUACACUGAUGCCUCUAGGACAGUUUCCCAGUGGCUCUGCAUCUCUUGAAUUCCACAUAGGCAAGAAAAAGAGCCUUGUGAAACUUCUAAGGACAACAGUGAGGAAAAUCUUCCCAUUCCAUCAAAAGACAAGCAAGAAAGUCAUGCUUCGCAGUGAUGAUCCUAGUGAGCCACUAAUGCCAAGAUCAGCUGCCAUCCGAAACAAGUGCCAGGUCCUUCCAAAGACUAUUUAUGAAUUCUCUUUGCGAAAAGUACUUCCAAAACAGAAAGGAACGAAACUUUCUCAGAAUGCAUCAGUUCAGCUGGAUGUGAACAUUGUGGAGCAACGUAACAUAGAGGCAAAAAGGCUGACAAGGAUGACUAGACGUAUCUCUGUGGUGUCGUUGUCUCCUGGGAUCCAAAAGGUUUCAUAUCUGGAAAAAAAGAAAAACAUCCCAUUGUUCAAAAAGAAGAAAAAAAGUAUGCCGUCAGUGUGGUACCAUUCAAAUGUUACACUAGAGAACCUUCAAAUGCAGGUGGAUAACCUGUUGGAUAACAUCAGUGAAAAAUCUGUACAACUGUUGGCUUUGAGAGGUGCAGAACUGCAACAGUGUGAGUCUUUGGGAAACAAGAUUCUCCAGUCCUCUAAGCAGUUUCAAAAAGUCUCCUUGAGGACAACAAAGAAGCAUAAACUGAAAAAUAUGUGUUUCCCUUGUAAAUUUUGUUGUUUGAAAUGGUAA